UGUGUUGCUAGGCAACACGAACUGCGUCUCUGCCAUAACAAUGACGGCAAGAAAUUGUAGUUAAAAGAAUAACGUCGUCGUUUUGCAGAUCAGUUCUAGUAAAGCCUCCAUCCAACGCACUCGAAUAUGGAAGAUGAACACUGUUCCAGCUACAGGGUUGCAAAAUCCCAACCAAGGGCCGUGCACAAUUCCGAAGUGAAGAAGGUGACCAUAGACAAGGCCACAUCUACAGCAAAAGACGAACCUGCCGGGCAACAAGGAAAGAGUGUGGAGGAAAAAAUAAAUGACUUCAUUGAUCAAGAAAAAGCUGCAGCUGUUUCUGACCUUCAGACUCGAGUUCUGACCAUGAAGCUCCACAUCUUGCAAGAAGAACUUGAUCUGCUUUCAAGUGAUUAUCGCAAGAAGGAUGAUGAAAUUGCUACCCUUUGUGCAAAAAAUAAGGAGCUUCAGGAUGACCGAGCGAGACUGCAGACGACCAUUAAUAUCAAGCAAACACGCAUUGAGGAGCAGAACGCUUCACUCAAGGAGUUUGUACAGAAAUGUGAUGAUCUCCAGCUGCAAGUGUCCAAUUUAAGCGAGCUGGUCAGAUCCUAUGAGAAGGAGGUGGAGAAGAUGAACUGUCAACUGAGCGAGACCAAACAAGUAAACGAGAACAUAAAACAGGAAGAAAAUCCAGAUGUAGAAAAACUGCUGGCUGAAAACCAUACCCUUAAGAAGCAAAAAUCUGAACUCGUUGUGGGUUUCAAGAAACAGUCCAGGCUGAUCGACAUUCUGAAAAGACAGAAGAUGCACCUUGAGGCUGCAAAGCUGCUGUCCUUCACAGAGGAGGAAUUCAUCAAAGCUAUGGACUUGGAGGCACAAUGAACAUGUUUCGUACUUUUUUUCUUACUUCUGAAAAGAAAAUAGUUUCCUCAAAUUA